AAAUGAGUGUAGCUGGUAUUCAGUCGUUUAAUGGCUUUUGAGAAGUAAACAAGUGACAAGAGCUUAAAGAAAAUAUAAUUCUAUUAAAACCAUAUAUUAUUCAAAUUUGAUAUAAAUUAGAGCAAUUUAGAGACCAUCCCAGCAAUAAAAUGGAUUACAAACCAACUCCCACUGUAGUGCCCGCCGCCCCAUUUGACGCCUCCGCGGAUGCACAGGCACUGCGCGCCGCCAUGAAAGGUUUCGGCACGGACGAGGAGGAAAUCAUCAACUUACUCACUGCGCGCUCCAAUGCACAACGCCAACAAAUUAAAGCGCAAUUCGAAACGGAAUUCGGGCGUGACUUAGUCGAUGACUUAAAGAGCGAAUUGGGUGGUAAAUUUGAAGAUGUGAUUGUGGCUUUAAUGACACCGCCCGUGGAGUAUUUAUGCAAGCAGUUGCAUGAAGCUAUGGCCGGCAUGGGCACCGAUGAGGAGACACUCGUCGAAAUACUAUGUACCAAAACGAAUGAGGAAAUGCAAGAAAUAGUCGGAGCUUAUGAGGCGAAAUAUGAUCGGCCGCUGGCAGAGCAAAUGUGUAGUGAAACUUCGGGACAUUUUCGUCGUCUCUUGACCUUAAUUGUAACGGGCGUACGCGAUCCCAUUGGUACUGUUGAUGCGGGAAAAGCGCACGAAGAUGCUGAAGCUUUAUAUGCGGCUGGUGAAGCCAAGCUCGGCACCGACGAAGAAGUGUUCAAUCGCAUUAUGUCGCACAGCAGUUUCGCGCAGUUGCGGCUCAUCUUCGAUCAAUACAAAGAAUUAUCCGGACAGACUAUUGAGCAAGCGAUCAAGCAUGAGAUGGAUGGCGCGUUACAUGAUGCAAUGAUUGCUAUUGUCGAAUGCGUUCAAUCACCGGCCGCCUUUUUCGCCAAUCGCCUCUACAAGGCAAUGGAUGGUGCCGGUACAAAUGAUGCUGCGCUCAUACGUUUAAUUGUGAGUCGUUCGGAAAUCGAUUUGGGUACUAUUAAAGAUGAAUUCGAACGCAUUUACGAUCGUACUUUAUACAGUGCUAUUGUGGCGGAAACAUCGGGUGACUACAAAAAUGCCUUGGUUGGCCUGCUAGGUGGAGCAUAAGCUGCAAUAAUACUCUUCUAGAUCAGUCCAGAAUAUAUAUUUGAAAUAUUUAACAAUAUAAUUACUUGACAUUAGAAACAUCAAAGAUUUUAACGUUUUAACAAUUUUAUGUUGUCUUUAGCGCAAUAAAUAAAUACAUUUUAGCGCUUGAAAUGAAACAAGUUUCAAGCAAAUAGACAAAUAUUUAAAA